AUGAAGCUUAUCGAUGGGCGUCACCCCGCCGACGAAGACCCCAUGGAAAAGGGACCCUAUCAUUCUGACAUCCAGCCGAUAACCAAGGAAGAGCGCCAUACGCAAGUGCUGGGUCGACUUGGUAAGCAGUCCGUGCUCGAACGGCGCUUUGGAUUCCUCAGCAUUCUUGGAUUUACUUGCACGAUACUGGUUACCUGGGAUGGAUCCCUACUUUUGUUCACGACUGGAUUGACGAACGGAGGCUCUGCUGGGCUCGUAUACGGCUACCUUCUGGUGUGGAUUGGGACCAUUGCUGUUUUCACAACUAUGGCAGAGCUAGCAUUCAUGGCUCCAACUGCGGGUGGCCAGUAUCAUUGGGUCUGCAUGCUUGCCCCUCCAUCGUGUCGAAAGUUUCUCAGCUAUAUCAUGGGCUGGUUGGUGAUUUGUGGAUGGCAAGCCAUUCUUGCUGGAGGUGGUUACCUAGGCGGUACUAUGAUCGUUGCGCUGAUCCAAUUGAAUCAUGAUGAUUACGUGCCGGAAUUGUGGCACGGAACGUUGCUCUUCUGGGCAAUAAUCGUUGUUGCCGUAUUCACCAAUACGGUUACCAGCAGCAUACUACUCAAGAUCGAAAUCUUUAUCUUGGCUGUCCAUGUGGUUGGCUUCUUCGCUGUCCUGAUCCCAGUGGUUCACUUGGCUCCAGACAAAGUCUCAGCCCAUGAUGUUUUUACACAAUUUUCGAAUGGGGGUGCAUGGCCUUCACAGAGGUUAUCCUUCUUCAUAUGUCUCAUCGGCAACGUGUAUGCCAUGUUUGGAUGCGAUAGCGCCGUUCACAUGGCUGAGGAAAUUAAGAAUGCCGAAGUCGUGGUACCGGUGUCGAUGCUCACGACUACUGUCCUCAACGGAGCGCUCGGGUUCGCGAUCGUCAUCGCAGUACUCUUCCUCACAACAGACAUCACUGCAGCUCUGGCAAGUCCUACUGGAGUCCUAGACUAUCCGUUCAUGCAAAUCUUCUACGAUGCAACGGGCUCCAAAGCCGGAGCUUCAGUCCCGAUUGCCAUCAUGAUCAUCAUGGACGUGGCUGGGACGAUCGCGCUCGUGGCCACGGCAUCCCGCUUGGUCUGGGCUUUUGCGCGCGAUCGAGGUCUUCCGGGGUGGCGAUCUGUGAGCAAGAGCCUUCUCCUCUGGCGUAGAUGCACCGGUGCUAUCAGAAAGGCGACAGACGUCGCCAACGACACAGGCGAGGCUAAUCAGCUUGUCUGGGGACCAUUCCGUCUUCCGGGUAUCUUCGGUAUUAUCGUCAAUGCUUGGGCAGUGGUUUUCGGAAGUAUUAUCUUCUUUUUCAGCUUUUGGCCGGUGGCGAAGCCGGUCACGGCUGCGCGUAUGAAUUUCCGUGUUUUGAUGACGGGAUCGGUUGUGCUGUUUGCGGUAUUGUACUAUGUUCUAUGGGCAAGGAAGACGUACAAAGGGCUUAUUGUGGAGGUGACACCUUUCUCGACAGUAGAGUGA